GGAUUUGGUGGUGAGGGGAUCUGGCAACCAGUGUCAAAAUGAAACCAGGACACUGAGUGUUAGCUUUGUGAUUAGCUUAGCUCGUAGCCUUUGCGGGUAAAGCGGCUAAACUCGGUUUAAGAAAAAAAAAGUAAUUACGCAUUUUAAAACAAAUUCAUAUUUAAUAAACUGGAUUAUUAGAGACAGUGGACUGUAGCUGUUAGCAUCACGGCGCACAGGCUAGCAGCUCCGCACCGCUUUAACAGGCUCCUGAUGACCCCUGACCCUGCGUUCCGGUGUGACCAUGAGCAGUGUGACGCUGUGAAGCCAUGAGUCAGAGGAACAUCAGUGCCGACUUACUGAACAGACAGAUCAGGGAGAACACGGCUCUGAGUUUUCAGAGACACUACCAUGUGACUGACCCAUUUAUAAAACGACUUGGCCUGGAGGCGGAGCUACAGGGUCACUCAGGGUGUGUGAACUGUCUGGAAUGGAACGAGAAAGGAGAUGUGUUAGCUUCAGGUUCUGAUGAUCAGCAUGUGAUGGUGUGGGAUCCCUUUAGACACAGGAAGUUGAUGAGCAUGCACACAGGCCAUGCUGCAAACAUCUUCUCUGUCAAGUUCCUGCCUCACUCUGGAGAUCGGAUCCUGGUGACCGGAGCUGCAGAUACCAAGGUCCAUGUUCACGACGUGUCGGUGAAGGAGACCAUCCACAUGUUCUCUGAUCACACAAACAGAGUGAAGCGCAUUGCUACUGCCCCCAUGUGGCCAAACACCUUCUGGAGCGCAGCAGAGGAUGGGUUCAUCAGGCAGUAUGAUCUGAGAGAGAGCAGUAAACGCUCGGACGUGUUAAUAGAUCUGACGGAAUACUGCGGUCAGCUGGUGGAGGCCAAGUGUCUCGCUGUGAACCCGCGAGAUAAUAACUACCUCGCCGUGGGUGCUAACGGCCCAUUCGUACGCCUUUACGACAUCCGCAUGAUACACAACCACAGGAAGUCUCUGAGUCAGAGUGCAGGAGUUCACACGUUCUGUGACAAACAGAAGCCCAUCCCUGAUGGAGCAGGACAGUACUACGUCGCAGGUCACCUCCCAGUGAAACUACCGGAUUAUAAUAACAGGCUGCGUGUGCUGGUGGCCACCUACGUGACCUUUAGUCCUGAUGGGACAGAGCUGCUGGUGAAUAUGGGCGGAGAGCAGGUGUAUCUGUUUGAUCUGACGUUCAAGCAGAGACCAUACACCUUCCUGCUGCCCAAGAAGUGCCAUUCCUCAUCAGAGGUGCAGAAUGGGAAAACCACAAACGGAGUGUCUAAUGGACUCCAUCUUCCUGCCAACUGCCUGAAACUGGCGAGUAAUAAACCCUGCAGUGAGCUGCCCCCCCAUCUGGAGCACAUUAAGCAGCAGGCUAACGAUGCGUUUGCGCGUCAACAGUGGACUCAGGCCAUCCAGCUGUACAGUUUGGGGAUUCACACAGCGGGACAGAGCAACGCCAUGCUGUACGGGAACCGUGCCGCUGCCUACAUGAAGCGCAAAUGGGAUGGGGAUCAUUACGACGCUCUGCGUGACUGUCUGAAGGCUCUGUCUCUUAACCCGGCUCACCUGAAGGCUCACUUCCGUCUGGCUCGUUGUCUGUUUGAGCUGAAGUACGUAGCAGAGGCUCUUGAGUGUCUGGAUGACUUUAAAGGGAAAUUUCCAGAGCAGGCCCACAGCAGUGCCUGCAGUGCCCUUGACAAGGACAUCAAAGCUGCUCUGUUCUCCAAAAACGACUCGGCAGAUGAGAAGAAAGGGGGCAGCUCGUUCCGCUUCCACAACUUCAGCCGUAAAGAGUCGAUCCCUGAGGACGAGAUCAUCCUGAGAGAGCGCAGCUUCGACUACAAACACCGAUACUGCGGCCACUGCAACACCACCACUGACAUCAAAGAGGCCAACUUCUUCGGCAGUAAAGGGCAGUACAUUGUGAGUGGGUCAGAUGAUGGCUCGUUUUUUAUCUGGGAGAAGGAAACCACCAACCUGGUGCGAGUACUGCAGGGAGAUGAGUCUAUUGUCAACUGCCUCCAGCCGCAUCCUAGCUCCUGUUUCCUGGCAACCAGUGGCAUCGACCCGGUGGUGCGGCUCUGGAGCCCCCGACCCGAGACGGACACUGAGAACGGUCGUGUGGUGGAGGAUAUGGACGGAGCGUCUCAGGCCAAUCAGAGGAGGAUGAAUGCUGAUCCUCUGGAGGUGAUGUUGUUGAACAUGGGGUAUCGUAUCACAGGGCUGAGCGGAAGCCAUGAUGCCUCUGAUGAGGACGACGACAACACAGAGGGGCAGGUGCAGUGUCGCACCAGCUAGAAAGAGUGUGUGUGUGUGUGUGCGUGUGUGCGUGUGUGCGCGUGUGUGCGUGUGUGCGUGUGUUUCCUCUGCACUGCACCCCGCUCCACCCCGAAGAGAUCAGAGAAUACAGCACUUAACCCCAGAGUGGGCGGGGCUAGUGGGCGGAGCUUCAUACCCCACCCUGUUCAGACUUGUUUCAUUGCCGAUUGUGGGGUUUUGGGGGGUUUUUUCCCAGUUUGUUCCCACUCUGAUGUCACUUCCUGUUCCUGCAUAUAAGACCCUGCCUAUAUCUCGGCUGCGUGUCCAUCAAACUUCAGCACUUUGUUUAAAUGGAGAAUGUUCUGGGAUUAAAUAUGUUUUAUUUUUCUCUUUGAUCUUCUGGUGUUUCCCGUCACCUGUUGCAGGACUAAAGGAGCAGUUCACAAUGUUCUUAGCUUCUCCAUACAGAUAUAUGUAUGUGUGUGUGCCUGUGUGUGUCUUUCUGCACUGCUAAUGUAGCUAGCGUGUAAUGGGAGUGUAUAGCCUCGAGGUAGGGGGCGUGACCUAAAUAUGAAUGAAGGUGUAAUGAUAAAAUUUAUAUUUGCGACCUUUAUUUAAUUUUUUUUAUUUGAAUAAAAUGUAUGUAUUAAAUGGUGAAAGUGUGAGGAGUUAAACACGCUUGUUUGGAGCAGCAUGCUAAACUGGUGGCUAUACACUGUAUGUAGCACCAUUACCCGUUAGCUUCAUAGCUCCAGUGCUAGAGCUAGAGAGGAAUGUGUUUUGGCCGAUUCAAGAGAUUCUGUGGAUGUUUAAUCUUACACACACACACACACACACACACACACACACACAUGCACACACAGGAUUGAAACAGCAGCAUUAAUAUAUAUGCAUUUAUUCAGGGUGUGUGAGACUGUUCUUCAGCAGCUCAUCCUUUUUCACGACCCUGUAGUGUGUAUUUAUCGUCUGGAAGCUUCUGUUUUAUUGCUUUGGGAAUUUCAGUAAUGAGGAGAGAAUUAAAGAGGAUUAAAGUGUG